UUGUGAACGAAAGUCAACAAAUGUGCGUAUAACCUCAAAAGCAUGUUGUAAAGUGUUUAUUUUGGAAAAUAUGGACGAUUUACAGUUAAAUAUUUCUAUUCCUAAAAAGGAAAAGAGGAAGGUUGCCCCUUCUCAACAAAAUGCUUCAGAAUAUAAGUUCAUAUCAACUUCAAACUUUACUGGCAAAACUAUAGCAAGAAAGAGACCUCAAAGUUCAUUUCGAAAGAAUGUAGCACUCACAAGAAAUGACGGAGAACCUGUAAACAAGGUGCCAAAACGGGCUUCGUCUCCGCCGGCAAAAUCUGACGAUUUAUCGGUAAACUUAAGAGAUUUGGCUGAAAAUAAAGGCAAAUAUAAGGGCAAAAAUUACCAGGACCUCAGUGAUGAUAUACAAAUAAAACAAAAGCCUAGGGCAGGUGGCUGGAUUUCAUCCUUGUUUAAAAAUAACCCAGAUGUUCCCCGAGUAGGUCAGAGAGCUGUAAAACCCAUAGUGGAGAAAGUGUUUGCUGGAAAAACAUUUGAAGAUUUAGGCUUACAUCCUCACAGUAUAGCCAAUUUGCAGCAGAACUUGGGAAUUAAAAAUAUAAUGACAGUGCAACAAAAUGCUAUCCCAGUCAUAUUACAAGGAAGAGAUGUUUUGAUCAGAUCACAAACAGGAUCUGGCAAGACAUUAGCAUAUGCCAUACCAGUAGUUGAAGGAUUGCAAGCAAUUAGACCUAAGAUCAACAGGCAUGAUGGCAUCAGUGCAGUUGUGGUGGUUCCCACUAGAGAACUUGCUGUCCAGACUUAUGAGCUCUUUGUGAAACUGGUUAAGCCUUUUACUUGGAUAGUUCCUGGUCUUUUAAGUGGUGGUCAAAAAAGGAAAGCAGAAAAGGCAAGAUUACGAAAAGGUCUUAGCAUACUAGUUGGUACCCCAGGCAGAAUCAAUGACCAUUUGCGGCAAACAAAAUCCUUGAACUUUUCUAAAACAAACUGUCUUAUUUUGGAUGAAGCUGAUCGCUUGUUAGACAUGGGUUACGAGAAAGACGUCGCUGCUAUCGUUAAAGCUAUUGAAGAUCACAAAAAGGCAGCUACAUACGACCCUAUGGCAAUGAUGAAACAAACUGUGAAGAAAAAGUUUGAUGACGAAGAAACAGAAGAAGCUAAGGAAGAUGCUUCUGGGAAUGAAGAGAAAACUGUUGUCAAACAUCAUUUGACUGAGGUGUUCUUGUCUAAAGAAAGACAGACUGUCUUGUUAUCAGCUACUCUCACUAAGGCUGUAGAAAAUUUGGCGGGCAUCACUAUGGUAGAACCUGUAUUUGUAGAUACGUCAGAAGGUAGGGCCCUUGUUGCUGAUUCACUGAAACCACAAAAAGAAGAUAAAUCACAGACAAGUCCAAGCAAAGCCCAGACUGUUAAAGAAGCUGAUACUAAGCCAAAAGCAGAGAAAGCUGAGAAAGUUGUAGAAACUGCUAAUGACGUGGCAGAAAGUACUGCUGAUGACCACAGAAGGGGCCUAAAAGCUUUUAGUGGCUUAAACCAUCUCGACUUAUUUGACGGUGACAAUAAUAAAAAAAUUAAACAAAAAAUUACAGAAAACAAAAAUACAACAGACGAUAGUGACAGCGAUUCGGAUUAUGAAUAUUUUAAAGUGCAAAAAGAGUUAGAAGCUAAGAAUACAGUAGUUGAAGAAGUAGAAGAAGAAUUGAAGCCUUCAGCAGUGGGCAACACUUUCCAAGAGGCACUUAAGACUGCUAUAAUUGAGGACGAGCUGGUGAUGCCCGCAUCAGUAAACCAGACAUUCCUAGUUGUUCCGAUGAAGCUGAGGCUGGUAACCCUCUGCUCUCUAAUAGUAGAACACUGCGUCUUGAACAAGAGGGGCGGGAAAAUGAUAGUGUUCAUGGCGACUUUGGAAAUGGUGGACUACCACGCGGAUUUGAUCGAGACUGUUUUGACUGGAGAGGAUGUGAAAGUAAAGAAAGAUCAAGACAAGAAGCCAAAGAAGAGGAAAGCUGGCGACGGUAGCGAUGAGGAGGAAUCAUCAGACUCAGACAUGGCCGUGGAUUACGAAGCACCGGCGGAAGGAGGUCUGGUGCCAGUAGCGCUCGAGAUGUUCAAGCUGCAUGGCUCAAUGCCACACGAGCAGCGAAUGGAGGUCUUCAAACAGUUCCGUAAGGCUAAGAAUGGUGUGCUCAUCUGCACGGACGUGGCGGCGCGGGGCAUCGAUAUUCCGCGCGUAGAUCUUGUGCUGCAGUACUGCGCACCGGCAUCAGCUACGGAUUAUGUUCAUAGGGUUGGGCGCACGGGUCGCGCGACGCAAGUUGGUGCAGCGGUCAUGUUCCUGCUGCCCAGUGAAGUGGAGUUUGUGAGGCACCUCGAGCAGAAGCGGAUACGGUUAAGACAAGGCGACGAAUCCAAAUGCUUGGAAUCACUCCGCACGGUUGCGCCAGCGGCGGCGAACGCGGCGCGCGCAGCGAUCGCGGUACAAACGCGACUCGAGCAUGUCGCGCAUAGCCAUCGAGAGUGGCUCGCACGCGCCAGCCGGGCAUACACAUCAUGGGUUCGCUUCUACUCGGGGUAUCCUCGCGACGUGCGUCCUUACCUGGACUCGAAGCAGCUGCACCUGGGUCACGCCGCGAAGGCCUUCGCCCUGCGAGACACCCCCGCCGCCCUCGCCCGCCGCGCCAAGACCGACACCGGUUUGAAGAAGGACAAGCCUAGUAACAGGCUUACUAUGCGUGAAGAAGAGGAGAAGAAGAGGCCUGGGUUUGCCAAAUUGAAGAUGGGCGCACUAAAGGGCAGAGUAAUAAAUAAACAGAGUUCCAUGCACACAGCCAGUGAGUUCGACAGCGGCCUGGCGCCCCUCGAACACAAGAAAAAGAAGAAAAAUAAAUAGAAUCAAAAUAAUGCUAUUUGUAUUUAAAGAACUCGAU